GCAGAAACUUUCCCGAUGUCUUCCGACGAUGUCCAGAUUUUUGUGCCAAUGUCGCAAAAAAACAGCAACGGCCUCCCUGGGACAGCCACCAACGACCUGAAGACACCGAAUGAGGGAGCCGUGUUAAGUUUUCAUAACAUCCGCUAUCGAGUAAAAGUCAAGAGUGGCUUUCUGCUGUGUCGAAAAACAGUCGAGAAGGAAAUCCUGUCAGACAUCAAUGGGAUCAUGAAGCCUGGCCUCAAUGCCAUCCUGGGACCCACAGGUGGAGGCAAAUCUUCGUUGUUGGAUGUCUUGGCUGCCAGGAAAGAUCCACACGGGUUGACUGGAGAUGUUUUGAUAAACGGAGCACCACAGCCUGCCAAUUUCAAGUGUAAUUCGGGUUAUGUGGUACAAGAUGACGUCGUGAUGGGCACUCUGACGGUGAGAGAAAACUUGCAGUUCUCCGCAGCGCUUCGGCUUCCAACCACUAUGUUGAACCAUGAAAAAAAUGAACGGAUUAACAAGGUCAUUCAGGAGCUGGGUCUGGAAAAAGUGGCAGAUUCCAAGGUUGGCACUCAGUUUGUCCGUGGGGUGUCUGGAGGGGAGAGGAAAAGGACCAGUAUAGGAAUGGAGCUCAUUACUGAUCCUUCCAUCUUGUUCCUGGAUGAGCCCACCACCGGCUUAGACUCAAGCACAGCAAAUGCAGUCCUUCUGCUCCUGAAAAGAAUGUCUAAGCAGGGCCGAACCAUCAUCUUCUCCAUUCACCAGCCUCGGUAUUCCAUUUUCAAGUUGUUUGAUAGCCUCACCUUACUGGCCUCAGGAAAACUCAUGUUCCAUGGACCGGCUCAGCAGGCUUUGGAGUACUUCGCAUCAGCUGGUUACCGCUGUGAGCCCUACAACAACCCUGCGGACUUCUUCCUGGAUGUCAUCAAUGGAGACUCCUCUGCUGUGCUGUUAAGCAGAGAGGAAGAGGGCAGUGAAGCCAACAGGACUGAAGAGCCUUCUAAGAGAGAGAAGCCACUCAUAGACACGUUAGCCGAGUUUUAUACCAUGUCCUCCUUCUACAGAGAAACAAAAGCGGAACUAGACCAACUCGCAGGGGCUCAGAAAAAGAAGAGCAUGGCCUUUAAGGAGAUCACCUAUGUCACCUCCUUCUGUCAUCAGUUCUGCUGGAUCUUCAGGCGUUCAUUCAAAAAUUUACUGGGCAAUCCCCAGGCCUCCAUUGCUCAGAUAAUGGUCACAACUUUAUUGGGACUGGUCAUAGGUGCCAUUUACUUUGGGCUAAAAAAUGAUUCUACUGGAAUCCAGAAUAGAGCUGGGGUGCUCCUCUUCCUCACCACCAACCAGUGUUUUAGCAGCGUGUCUGCCGUGGAGCUCUUUGUAGUGGAGAAGAAGCUCUUUAUACACGAAUACAUCAGUGGAUACUACAGAGUGUCAUCUUAUUUCUUUGGAAAACUGUUUUCUGAUUUACUACCCAUGCGAUCGUUGCCGAGUAUUAUAUUUACUUGUAUAAUAUACUUCAUGUUAGGGUUGAAACCAACGGCAGAUGCUUUCUUCAUCAUGAUGUUUACCCUUACGAUGGUGGCGUAUUGCGCCAGUUCCAUGGCGCUGGCCAUAGCAGCAGGUCAGAGUGUGGUGUCUGUGGCCACGCUUCUCAUUAACAUCUCGUUCAUGUUCAUGAUGAUUUUCUCGGGCCUGUUGGUAAAUCUCACAACCAUUGCAUCUUGGCUGUCAUGGCUUCAGUACUUCAGCAUCCCUAAAUAUGGCUAUACCGCUUUGCAGUAUAAUGAAUUUUUGGGACAGAACUUCUGCCCAGGACUCAAUGUCACAGCAAACAUUCCCUCUGACUAUGCUAUAUGUACUGGCGAAGAGUAUCUGACCAAUCAGGGCAUCGAUCUCUCGCCUUGGAGCUUGUGGAAGAAUCACGUGGCUUUGGCUUGUAUGAUGGUCAUCUUCCUCACAAUCGCCUACCUAAAACUGUUAUUCCUUAAAAAAUAUUCAUGAAUUCCCCUUUAAUUUACCAUGAGUUGUCCUAACAUUAAAA